AUGGCGCCCAUAUCGAAGGAGACCGACUACCUGGUCAUCGGAGGCGGCAGCGGCGGCCUCGGGUCGGCGCGCACCGCCGCGGGCAAGUUCGGCGCAAAGGCCAUGAUCGUCGAGGCCAGCCGGUUGGGAGGCACGUGUGUGAACGUCGGUUGCGUACCCAAGAAAGUGACCUUCAACGCCGCCGCCAUAGCCGAGACGAUACACGCAGCCAAGGCCUACGGCUUCUCAGUACAGGAAACGGCGCCCUUCGACUUCAAGACCUUCAAGCACAAGCGGGACGCGUACAUCAAGCGGCUCAACGGCAUCUACGAGCGCAACCUCGGCAACGACGGCGUCGAGUACGUGCACGGGUGGGCCAAACUCCUAAACAGAAACGAGGUCGAGAUCACGCAGGACGACGGCGCCAAGUCCGUCGUGCGCGCCAAGAAGAUCCUGAUCGCGACGGGCGGCGAGCCGACGCACGCGCCUUCCGGCGUCGAGGGCGCCGAGCACGGCACUAAUAGUGAUGGCUUCUUCGACAUCGACCGCACGCCCAAGAAGGUGGCGCUCGUGGGCGCGGGAUACAUCGCCGUCGAGUUCGCCGGCAUGUUCAACGCCCUCGGCGCCGAGACGCACCUGUUCAUCCGCCACAAGACCUUCCUGCGCAACUUCGACCCCAUGAUCCAGGAGGGCGUGACGGCCGAGUACGAGCGGCUCGGCGUGAAGCUGCACAAGGAGUCGACGCCCACCAAAGUCGAGAAGGACCCGAGCACCGGCAAGCUGACGAUCCACUACAAGGACGUCGAGAGCGGCGAAGGACAAGAAGUCGAGGGCAUCGACAACCUGAUCUGGGCCAUCGGCCGCACGCCCAUGAGCCACGGCAUCGGGCUCGAGGAGGCGGGCGUCAAGCUCGACGACAGGGGCUACGUCGUCGCCGACGACUACCAGAACACGAGCGUCGACAACAUCUUCGCGCUGGGCGACGUAUGUGGCAAGGUCGAACUAACCCCCGUAGCCAUCGCGGCCGGCCGGCGCCUAGCCGAGCGCUUGUUCGGACCGCCCGAAUUCAACGCAGCGCGCGUCGACUACAGCAACAUCCCCUCAGUAGUAUUCGCGCACCCCGAGGUCGGCAGCAUCGGCCUGACGGAACCGCAGGCCGUCGAGAAGUACGGCCGCGACAACCUCAAGGUCUACAGCACCAGUUUUACUGCCAUGUAUUACGCCAUGAUGGACCCCGAGGACAAGGGCCCGACCAAGUACAAGGUCAUCUGCGCCGGGCCCGACGAGAAGGUUGUGGGUUUGCACAUCAUGGGCCUCGGCUCGGGCGAGAUGCUGCAAGGGUUUGGUGUGGCCGUCAAGAUGGGCGCCACCAAGAAGGACCUCGACUCUUGCAUCGCCAUCCACCCUACGAGCGCCGAGGAGUUGGUCACUUUGAAGUAG